CUCAUUCCAGACGUGGAUGAGUGUCAGACAGGCAACAACACAUGCUCCGAUUUUGCUCUCUGUACGAACAACCCAGGCAAUUUCUCAUGCAGCUGUUUCCGGGGAUUUAUGGACAUCAAUCCGGCAAACCCUGGAACACAGUGCAAAGAUCCAAAUAACUGUUUCACAUUUGAUGAUAACUGCACUGUGUUUCGGUGCCUGAGAAUGGGAACCAGCUGCCCCUCAAUGCAGAUAUUCAAGGGGAAAAUAACAUUAAAGUCCAAAACAUUCAGCAAUGAGUUAAAAAAUCCUGCAAGUGAAGCUUACAAGAACUUAACAAAUGAAAUUAUAACUACAAUUGUGCCAACUGUGCAAAGUACACUGAACGACAACAGCUUCAACAUCACCAUCGGUGGUUUUCAGAAUGGUAGUGUGGUGGUAAAUAUCCUGAUAUUCCUGAACUUAAACUCAAGUGUCACCUUUACCAGCUUGCUAGAGGCUAUCAGUGAGGCAACGAAGAAGAUUGACAGUCAAAGCACCGUGAACAUAACAGGUGCAAUCUCUACAACAACAGCAGCUCCCACCCAGACAGAAGGGAUUCCAGCAGAAAACACUGGAUUCAAAGUGGCUGUAAUAGUUUUGGGAGUUGUACUGGGUGUGGCCCUGCUGGUGAUCAUAGCAGUAACCGUGGCAAUGAUCCUCACUAAGAAGAGAACUGGACGAUACUUAUUCGACACCUCAAACAUCCUCCAGAAGUUCAGUUAUCACAACAUUUAGCGUGUCACAUGAAAUUUCAAACUGAACACUUUUUUGGAGCUUUUGGAAUAAGUGUUGCUGCAUAAUGCAGACUCGAGGAUGAUAAAAGCAAUAUUGGAAACAAAAUGUGGAUUAAUUGUGUUUUCGAUCUGGCACUUUUGUUCUAAAUGUCUCUAUGAUUGGGAGAUGAAAUGAGAAUAUUUUUAUUUUACUAAUUAAGUUAUUAACUGAAAUUAUGUGAUAUUCAUGGAACACAAAUCUACAGUACCUCUUUAACCAAGUUUUUGGUCAUCUGCCCUCCUAUCCCUAUUGGAGCUCUAUGCCAAAUAUUGAUUGCUUUAUAUAUUCAAUAUUGGCUAUAGAUUGGGUUGUUAUGCUGCAUCUAAGGUGCUACAAAAAUAUAAGCCAUUAUAGUCAAAUAGACAAUCAUAAAUAUAUGAUUUUCAAUAACUUAUCUGUGGAAAUAAGUAGUGUUUAUAAUUAAUAUCCAAAAGAUUUGAGUAGACCUUAUAACCAGUUCUUUUUACACAGUCAAAUGUGGAGAAAUGAAAGGAAGAUCCUGCUAACUGUGACUAGUGACUUUCUAUUUUCAUGAGAACUUUUAAAAUUAAUUGGUACAACUAUUCCUAAAGAAAUUAACAGGAAAGGGCCUUGCUGUCAUCUAAAGCCUAUUACAACCUCAAGUGCGGAGGCAGCAUUGAUGUGAAGGAAAAUGCAGAGUGCAAUGUAUGCAUAAAUUUCUGCAACAAUAUGGUCUUUUAUUGAUGUUGGUGGCACUGUCUACAAUUUCUUACUGAUCUUUAAAUCCACUCAAGAAGACAAACAAUUUUAUCUCUGGGCUGCCUGUAAGGUCCUCUCUCAGGAGUGCACUGAAGAGUUAAUUUAAAUUAUACUUUGAGGUCUCUGCAGUGGGACUUUAAUGCACUAUCUUCUGUAUUUGUUUGAGCCAAGUCCAUCCUGCCACACAUAGUCCAAAAUAAAUUAACCCUUAAAAAGGAUCUUUCAAAGAAAGACUUUGAAACAUUACAUUCUGUUAAUUUCCUACUGCCCUGAAACAUUUGACAAAACUUUAGCCUGAUGUAUAUGAAAGAACAGUUUGCUGAAACUACUGUACAUAUGACGGCGUUCUCUUUCUAUGGGCUUAUCACCUGCACAGAACCUAAUCUAUUCAUUUACAUUGUGACAUGAAUUCUGGAACAGAUAAAGAUAUCUCUGCAGUGUUUUGAGUCUCUGACUAUCGUAAAGCCUCAGGCAGGUCAAGUGCAAAUGAUAAUUUCCAAACUGCAUGAAUUUACAUAUUUCUCAGUGCCCAGUGUCAGAUUCAUGAGUUGAGAAGAACUAAAUCUAGUGAAAUACUGUACCCACUCAAGCAUUUUGUGUGUAUCUCAGGACACUAAUUGAAGAUAAAUGUUACUUUGGAUGAUUUGCAAAACUGUUAUUUAUAUUUAACUGUAUCUUAUUUUCUUAAUGUAUUAUA